GGGUUGGUGUGACCGGUCGGUGUACAGUCUUGAAUCCGUCAGUGUGUGUUGCACUCUUGUGGUGAGUGGUAGGCUGUUGCUCCCGCACCCGCCACUGUUCUCCUUCACCACUCUUAAGUGUGUGAGCUUUGAGAGGAACUACCACUAGGAUGUGUACACUCAGACCUAGUCGAGUCUGCUGGCGGCAUCUGCUGACGACGGUCUUCCUCUACCUGCUCACUCCUGCUACUGCUGAGACGGUGACACAGAGCAUGGUGGAGACCUUAGAGACACUGGAGGACCUGUCACACCCCUGUGUGAGGGAGUGCGUCCUGGGCGGCGACUCCCGUGUCUGCCGCUACACCUUCAAGGUAGAGUGGUACAUCACCAUGAGCAAGGCCUGUUAUGACUGUCCCUUUAACCUGACUGACUGUUCUCGCCCCCACUGCGCUGCCGCUGAUGGCUUCGAGAGGCCUCUCAUCACUGUGAAUCGUAGGCUGCCAGGACCUGCCAUGCAUGUGUGUGUUGGGGACGAGGUGGUGGUGGACGUGGUUAAUGAGCUGGGCAGUGACUCCACCUCAAUACAUUGGCAUGGCCUCCAUCAGUGGGGCACCCAAUUCAUGGAUGGUGUCCCCUUCCUUACCCAGUGUCCCAUCACUGCUGGCACCACUUUCAGAUACCACUUCUUGGCAGACCAUCCUGGCACUCAUUACUGGCACUCUCAUUCUGGUCUUCAGAGGACCGAUGGAAUGUUUGGAUCACUAAUAAUUCGAGAGCCUCGGGAACACGACCCGAACAAACACUUUUAUGAUGAGGACGACUACAACCACGUCUUUGUCAUCACUGAUUGGCUUGAUGGUCUUGGAAUUGACAAGUUCGUCAACCAUCAUCACACAGAGCAUGACAACAAACCCUACAAUAUACUGAUCAACGGCCGCGGGAAGUUUGUCAAGUUUGAGAGAGAUGGUGUUGAGGUCUACACACCAGUCCAGGAGUACUCUGUCAAACCACUUCGGCGCUACAGGUUCAGAGCUCUGAGUAACAGCAUACAGAACUGCCCUAUUGUUAUCUCUGUUGACAACCACACCCUUGUCCCCAUCGCCACUGACGGCAUGCCCAUCCAGCCCAUAGAAGUGGAGUCCCUGACUAUUUAUGGAGGAGAGAGAUGGGACUUUGUGGUGACCACCUCUCAAAGUAUUGCCACCUAUUGGAUAAGGUUCCAGGGAAUGCUGGACUGUGACGAGCGCUUCAAGUCUGCCCACCAGGUGGCAGUGCUGAGGUAUGAGGGUUCAGAAGGCUUCCCUAGCAGUCUGGAUGAUGUCGAUUAUAACUCCACCAUCCGUGAGGGCUUGCAACUGAACAAGCUGAAUGCUGCCCCUGGCGAUGGCACCUUCCUGACAGCAGCCGAAAUUCGAGGCGUAGAAGUGGGUGAAGAUAUUUCCCGCACGCCUGACUACACAUUCUGGCUGGACUUUGACUUUUACAGCAAGAAUAACGACUUUUUCCACCACGAGGAUUACUACCCCUUUUUUGGAGUUAGGAAACCGGUUCGUGUAUUCGUGCCGCAGAUAAACGAGAUCAGCCUUAAGUUGCCGAGUGCUCCACCUCUGUCACAGCCCGAGGACGUUGACUUCAAUUCCUUCUGCAAUGGCACUGCCAAGAGAAACUGCAAAGGUGACUUCUGCUACUGCCCACACAUCCUUAAUGUCAAGAGGAACAGUCUAAUUGAACUAAUCCUGGUUGAUGAAGGUGUUGUAUACUGGGCAAAUCAUCCCUUCCACCUGCAUGGUCACACCUUUCAAGUGUUAGCCAUGGGUCGUCUGGGGGAGAAUACCACAUUGGGAAAGGUACAGGAGAUGGACGCAGCCGGACUGAUCAAGCGUAACUAUGACCACCCACCCACCAAAGAUACGGUCACUGUCCCAGAUGGGGGGUAUACCAUCAUACGGUUCGUCGCUUCCAACCCAGGUUAUUGGUUGUUCCAUUGCCACAUUAGUUUCCACGUUGAAGUUGGGAUGGGUCUGGUGUUCCACGUCGGGGAUCAGAGCAUGGUUCCCCCAGUGCCCAAAGACUUUCCCAAGUGUGGCCACUGGACUCCAGAACCCGACCCCAACUUCAAGUCCAGUCUCCUCCAGUACCUCAAGGAUCUGGAUGAGGAAAAAGUGAACGUCAACCUCGACCUCUUGCCCAAUGAUAACGGCAAGUACCCAGGUCCCAGUUACUCCACACCUACCCAGGGCCCCACACGUCAACGUCCGUCAUCCGGGUCAAUACCCGACAGUAGCAGUCUAUCAGGCCAAAAAAAUAAUGUUGCAUCUUCUUUAUAUCUUUUCACUUUUGUAUUUUUUGUUCUUGUUUUCAUGUAAUUAAUAGCAGAUUUGUUAGGGAAGUCAUACAAAUAUUCUAGGUUUGUGGAGAAUUAGAAUGAGAUCUAUAUAUUGCAUUAAAAGUCAUAUGGUAUAGUGGCUUUGUUUCUGUGUGUGUGUUUCUUACUCUCUGUCAAUUGUAACUUUUGUUAUUGUAUAAAGUUUCUGCCACUCAUAUGCCUCUGUGACUUUGAAGAGAGUGUAAUUUUGUGGUUGGGGUAAUAUGUACCGGUAGGAAUUGUGAUAAAGAUUUUUCAUAUGUAGAAAUCAAGAUAUAUAUAAAAACGGAAGAAAGCACACAUCAGACCUGAAGUGUACUGGUGUUAGAUAGGUUAUGUUUCGGUUCAGAUUUGAGUUGGAAUUUGAUAAUACAAUAAUAACUUAUUAACACACUUUGGAAGAACAUUUCAUGACUUUGUAAUGUGCUUAGAUUUUUUUCUCUUUUUUACCCUAAUGCCGAAGAUGGUUUAAUUUUUGAUCUCGAGGGGGUUUUUGUUGAUCAUUAAGAGAUCCAAGACCUACAGAACGUGUCAGAUAUUUUGUGUUGGUGAAGAUGUAUAUAACCAUUCAGGAAAUGUACUGUAUUACAUUCCAAUUUCUCAGCAUCUUUUGAUUUAGAUGAUGAAAUACUGUCAAAAAUGUUUAAAUUUGUCUUAAUUUUUCACACUCAACAUUGUUGUUUAAUAGCUCCUUCUCCUCCUGUAGAGUUGAGCCUUUAUAUGAGAUUGUCUUAACCCCUUCAUUAGCUAUGUUAUGCAGGAUAAGCUAUAACAGCCAUUGGCCAGUACAGUACAGUGAAGAUAGUUGAUUUUGUUUAUGUAAUUUAUUGUUUUAUAUACUGUACAUAUACAGGUAUGUAUAUAUACCUGAACCCUCACUAAUUUAAUAUUCACAAUUCAAUAUUUUGGGCUUAAUCGAUUUUUUUGGUCAAUACAGUUGCCCUUAGACAAAUUUGUGUUGUUCUCGCAGUCAUGCCUCCAAAAGAAACAGUUUUAUGAUGAAAGUUAAAAAUUGAUAAGAAAUACAGUACAGCAACAUGAAAUGCAUAGAUAUGUAGUAUAUGAAGUGUAAUAUAAAAUACAAUUGAGGGGUUUACAGUACCCUGUAUACAUAAUCUCCAUUUCACAACCAUUCUUCACCUGACCACCAUGACCAGCCCUCAUCACCUCUUCCUUCACCAAACUCAUCUCGUUUAUUAAUGUUAAAUUUCACCUCAAAAUUGAUGCUCGCUAUUUGUUGAUGCAAGGUUGUUUGGUGAAGCAUUAUUGGGUCUUCUUCUUUAUAUUGCUAUUAUGAUUAUCAUGUACAGUACUGUAUUACAAUGCUUAUUGAGGCAUUUAUUGAAGUUAGAUCAUUCAAAGGGUAGUUUUAAGUAGACCAAAACUGGUAUCCACGAAUUUUGUUAUUCAUGGGGUUUUCUGAAACCUAUCUCUCACAAAAUAACAAAGGAUACUUGUACUGUACAGUAUUUACAGUACAUGUAUAUCAUACUGGACUACUGUAUAUUGUAUAACUAUAUGAGGAGGCUUGAGAUGUGUUUUAUUAUACCGUUAUACUUAUUUCAAUAUGGCAUAACCUUAACUACAUUUCUUUCCUUUAAAUUUUGAGAUGAAUCCAAUAUGUUGGGAUAAUUCGAUCGACCCAGAGCCCCAAUGGUAUAAAAUUAGUGAGGGUUCAGUAUACUUUAUAUAUAUACCUGAUAAGACCUUGGUUUCAUCCUAUUCUCCCCUAUCUCCCUGGUACUGUCCCUGAGUUUGGGUGCCUUAAUUAUAUGAAGACACGUACAGUGGCUGGUGCAUUUUGUGAGAUGUGUCGCCUCUGUGUGUGUUUAUAUUGUAUUAAAACUGAUGGUGUA